AUGGAGUCCAACAUCAUCUGCGGCGAGGUCCUCUCCAAAGCCACCGCAGAACACUACCUCGAACUCACCCAGAGCCUUCACAACCUCAUCACAUACACAUUCGACCGCGACAGCAAGUACGGCCUAGCAAGCCAAAAGCAAGACACUUGGUCACUUCGUUCUGCCCGUCAUCCAGACACCCUGGAUGAAAGUAUUUCGGACAUCAAGAGCAGAAUACAUUCACGUCACGUAGGAUUCUACGAAGACUGGAAGCAGAUCAAGUAUGAAGCCACAGUCAAGUGGCCUAUCCCCGAAUAUGCAGGCUCACUGUGGAAGACCUUUUCCAGAGCCAUGGAUCAAAACCGACCCAUCUACGAGAUGAGGAACUGGUUCUCGCAUGAAUUUGGUAAGCGUGGUGGGACCCUUGAGGUAGAAAACGAAAAGUUCAAGGGAUUACAAGAGGCAUACGCAAGACUUCUUCCAGCUCUUACUGAGCUACUAGAGAAGCUUGAACUAGCGCUUCAGGAUGGAGCGGCUUGGGCGCCGUACCAUGAAGUAAAAGCUCGGAGGUAUGAACAAAACCAGCCUGAGUAUACCAGAGAUACGGUGGCUGUUCAGCUAGAACUUGCGGCACGUCAAGAGGAGUUCAUCGCAAGGGCGGAGCAAAGUGGCAUUGAUUAUGCUGCUAGAGUGGCUCGUGUGGAGAGAGGGGAGGACCCAUGGGAAAGUGAGGAGUGGGUCAUGACCGAGGAUAUGGGAGAAAAAUGGGUUAGUAAUUCCGAGGAGAGUGCGGCAUCACGGGGCGAUCUCGAUGAAGCCGUUGAGGACCUUUGGGACUACGCAUCGAACACGGACGACGAUACGUCGGAGUGCACUGAGGAUCUUCCGGCUACAUCAGCGCAAGACCCUGACGAUGGGGCAUACGACUCCGGGUAUGAAGACGACGACAAGUCCCCAAGUGACUGGUGCAAGGCUCCCGCACCCGAUGCUGACUAG